AAAGUAGUUAAGAGAGGAAUUGGUCAGACCUGAAUACAAGCUUAAACGGUUUCCAUCUUCCCUGAAAAGAAAUCUCAUCACCUGCGCGGUUAAUCCCCCAUAAAGUGUACACGUGUUUGAGGGAAAUUGACGCAUGUGGAUAGAGCGACGAUACAUGGAGUAGUUUUCGAGUGAUCGAGCCGAUUGGAUGAUAUUUUCGCGAGGUACGCAGGUCAGGGAAAAUUAAGUGGCGGACGAACGUGCGGCGAGGUGUUGGUUUCAGUUGGUCGGCGGACGUCGCAAGCCACGGUUCUCGAAGAAAAAAAGGAACGAGAGAUGUAGUGUGUGUAGGUGCGUGGUGGUGCAAUUUGUUUACCCGGGGGCGUGUGUUGACGGGAAGUGGCGGUGUUUGUCACGUUUCCGGAUGUGAAUAGAAACGGGACCCUGUCUCGUUUUGGACAACAGAUUAUCGCGAGCAUGAGGAACGGAUACGUUCGACUGAGACGAUCUGUUUGCGAUACUCGAUCGAAAUAGCGAGUAAAAUUCCAGGAGAAACGAAGAUAGCAAAAGAAAAGGGGGAUUUAUCGUGCGUUUCCAACCUGUGAUUAAUUGUUGCGGCGUGUAAUUGGAUGUAUUCGAUGGCAGUCCAUGCGAGUAUCUUAUACCAAUUCGACACAAACGACGACAUGCUUCACGCCGAGAAUCGUGUCGAGUAGAUAGUGAAAGGACAUUUAAUUCCACGUCGUGGCACGUAGCAGAGUCGGUGCAGGACACUGUCGGUAGCGAAGGGAAAUCCACGGAUCUCGUGCCUAGCAUGUCUGGGGAAUGGACACUUAGAGAGCUUUAUGAAUCGUGCGCGACGCCGAUCGCCGCUCGGUUUUAGCGAUUCAGAAACAGCCACGUCGAUUUCGGAAAGAACCACGACCAGGGUCGUGCAGCCAGGAGAAUUCUCAUGGAAACGGGAAAAAAGUAUUCAGGCUGGGCCAUGUUCUUCCCUCCUGUGUUCGGGGGAUGUUUUGAGUGCAAUUUAACUUGCACAGCGGAAAGAGUGGGUUAGGAAAGGAAGGUAGGAACAGGCAAAAAAGAAGCAGAAGUGGCUGGCUGAAUCUCAGCCGCGGGCCACGCGAGCUGCAACUACUCAAAGACGUUUUGCAUAACGAAGUUACGAAGCGAUUCGUUGGCGAAGAACGUUGUAUGGCCUACGAAAUAACUCGAGACUCGUCCCGCUGAUUGAAAGUACCUCUAGAACAUUGUAUCGCUUCCGGUGACGGCUGAGAAUUAAGCGAAGGUGAUCUCGGCGAGCGGUCGGCAGACCUUCGAGGCCGUGGCUGAAGUCGUGUUCGACGGUUAUGCUGCUGGCGUCGCUUCGAGUGGCCGCCAGCAAAUGCUGUCAUGCUCUUGCCAUGCCAGCCGGCGGCCAGGAAGAGGCCGCUGGUCACGAGGUCCUUGAGCAAAUCGAAAAGCUGCCUCGUGUUGAUUAUUAUCCUCGUGUUGAUCGGUCGCGAGGUAUCGCGAGCUGCCACGCAGAUCCGCUACGCUUCGCGCAUCGUCGAGACCAAGAGCGGACAGAUACGUGGGAUUCUUCAGGAUUUGAACAGCAGACACUUAGAUCCCGUAGAAGUGUUCCGGGGUAUACCGUACGCGGCACCUCCCGUAGGAGAUUUACGUUUUCGACCACCGAUAUCGCCGAUCCCCUGGGACGGUAUCAAACUGGCGGAUUCCUUCGGCGCGGUUUGCCCCCAGCACUUUCCGGACAUCAGCAAUGACACAGCUGCUUUGUUGCAAAUGCCUCUAGGCAGAUACCAACAGCUGAAACGUUUGUACAUGUUCCUGACCAACCAGAGCGAGGACUGCCUGUUUUUGAACCUGUACAUACCCGGCAGUGGGUCUCGAGGACUAGAAGCACCAUACGCCGUGAUGGUGUACGUUCACGGUGAAAGUUUCGAAUGGGGAACGGGAAACAUCUACGAUGGGUCCGUUUUGGCAAGCGCUGGACACGUCAUAGUAAUCACCCUUAAUUAUCGUCUUGGAAUCUUAGGUUUCUUGAGGACUCGUCCGUAUCCAGACAGAACGCCAGGAUCUGGUGGAAAUCUGGCCUUGAAGGAUAUCGCUAUGGGAUUACGCUGGGUACGUGAAAAUAUCGCUGCUUUUGGAGGCGAUCCGACAAAAAUCACGUUGAUUGGACACGAUACUGGAGCUGCGCUUGUGAACCUCCUUCUACUUGCUCCUUAUGGCAAGGGUCUUUUUCAUCGAGUCGUGUUAUCGAGUGGCUCGGCGUUAAGCCCGUGGGCGUCUGUUCACGAUCCGAACGACUUACGAUCGAAAGUAGCAAAGCAAAUAGGAUGUUCCACCGAGGACGACGAAGAUAUUGCCAACUGUCUACGCGGCAUUCCUCUGCGUGAGCUCAUGGCCGUUGAACUGCCGGAAAUCCGAUUCGUGCCACGGAUCGGACCAGGCUUACCAGUGGACCAAAACAAUCCCGAUCCAGGGCUGGAUAUGGAACGAGUCAGUGACACGUUCAUCAAAGUACCUCUUAUCCUUGGCGUGUCUACCACGGAGUCGAAUUUAGAUUUUAACGCGAACGAUAUUCAAUACGGAUUCGAGGAGGAUCAUCGAAAUCGAAUUUUACGAACGUUCAUUAGGAACGCUUAUGUAUAUCAUUUGAACGAGAUCUUCUCCGCGGUGAGGAACGAGUAUACGGACUGGGACAAGCCUAUCCUUCAUCCUAUCAUUAUAAGGGAUUCGACGAUGGAGGCGUUGAGCGAUGGUCACACCGUAGCUCCACUCAUGAGGAUUGCCUUUUAUCACGCCAGAAGGGGAGCCAAAACCUUCUUCUACCACUUCAGCCAUCAAACCAAAGACAACAGCCUUUUGCAGCGUCUGGGCAGCAUUCGUGGCGAGGAUAUACCGUAUAUCUUCGGGUUGCCACUGGUAGCUGGAGGAGCUUUCUUUCCCCGGAAUUAUUCCCGACAGGAUCAGGGCGUCGCCGAGGCAGUUCUCACGUUUUUCACGAAUUUCGCGAAAACCGGCAAUCCGAACGAGCCACACAAAAUCGAAUCGGUGGAUUAUGGGACACCGAAGGAGAAAACGCGAUACCGUGGUCUCACAUGGGAACAAUACGAGACUGGUACUCAACAGUAUCUCACAAUUGCGAUGAAACCGAAAAUGAAGAGCCACUACCGUGGCCAUAAAAUGGCAGUUUGGCUAAAUCUGAUACCACAACUGCAUCGACCCGGAGACGACGAUGUCUCAAUGCGGCAUCAUCAUUUUCGAGAAAGAGGUGACCACUUUUAUGCAGGACCAGUUCGAGACGAGUGGUACACUCCUCUGCCUCUUGUAGCGACAACCAAGAUGAGCGCCUCAUCGACAACAGCGUGUAGCACAUCUACAGGUGACGACAGUAUUACCGAAGACAUUACUCCUAUUCUGGACGAUUCGGAAGAUGACGCUGAACUUUUACAAAGAUUAGCUUCUCGUCACUACUACAGUACUACUACAGCCCUAGCAAUCACCGUAGGAGUCGGUUGCAUUUUAUUGGUGCUCAACAUGUUGAUAUUCGCCGGCAUUUACUAUCAGAGGGAUCGUGACAAAAAGAGAGCCGCAAUGGACUGCACGCCAAAUGGGCAAGAAUCACUACCGAUGACUACCAGGUCGUCUAUGAAAGCUCCAGAAAGUCCUAGGCCAGCGCAAGAACCUCCGCCAUCGUAUACUACCCUUGCAAGAAGCCCUUCGAUCCAGGAACAUCAACAGAUUGCUCAGAGUCAAUCGACGGAUGUCGAUGAACAGCCUAAAAGUGAACAGAAACCUAGCCACGGGACCAGCAACGCCAUCCACAAGGAUCCCAUUCCUCCAAAACCUCCUACGAGAACGACCAGCUCCUUGAGUACUACUAGUGGCACCAAUACUAUUAAAAAACGUGUGCAAAUACAAGAGAUAUCCGUAUAGCAUUAGGGGUUGCCCCAAGAGGGCAACAUGAAAACCAAGAAGGUGACUUUCAUAGAUUUUGCGGCGACUGGCGAGUCUAAGUUUUGAAAAAGUUUACAGGGAUAUGGAUUAACAAGUGUCUGGUUAUGGCACAGAUUGGCAAAGAAAAUUAUCUGUUCGAGUUGCAGUGAGAUAUCGACGAAGAGCGAAGACUAUUGGUGUUACUUUCAACAAUCGUUGGAGAAAACUCUAAAGAACAAUGAGUUUUAAAGCGACGUUCAAUUGUACGUUAAGUAUUCUCUAAUUAUUCUGAUGUAUAAACAGCGAUAACUGCCAUAUGUCACUGAAAAGACAAAGUGCUUUAAAGGAAGGCUUAGCAGACUACGAGUGUUCCUCUAUCAUGCACGUAAAACUUUAUGAGCAUUUUGAGUGUAUUUCUUUGCAGGAUACAGUGUGUUUCUUCUAUGGUAUGCUAUCAAAGUUGUGUUACAAAGCGAUUCGAAAUGAGUUCAUCAAAUCUCAACUAAUUAAUUUCUUGUCAAGAAAUGCUUAGCUUGACUACAAGAACUGUAUCGUUAACUAAGAAUGAAACAUUUACGAAAUCAAGUGUCUAGGAAGCCGAUUUCGUUUUUCUACAAAUAUACUAUCGAAUAAUUAAAAUCUAACAGAUAUAUCUUUUCUUUUUAUUCGUUCUUUAUUUUACACUUAAAAAGUAAAGUAAAUUCUAAACUAUGAUAUUUAUCUCACAUAUUGGAAUAGACAAAAGUUGAAAAAAAGGACGUAUCUCUAAAAUUGUUUAAUUUGACAGUAUAUUUGACGAAGAAUAGAAUCGAUGAUAAAAAUCCAUAAGUCGACACUGUUCGCGAUCAGUGUUCUUUCAAGUGUUCUUCUCGUAGCUGACAUAAUGAUCAUGUAAUUAGAGUAACUCCUGGUAUAACUGACGCUGAGCUCAUGAAAAAUUUCUAUUUGCGUUUGUGUAUACAACUUAAAAGUGGUUACGUGUCUUUCCUAUUCCAGGUAUUGGAAACCGUGCACAAACUCGCACAGAGAUAAUAAAUUAAACAAUGUCUAUAUAACACGAUCCGUAGAAAAUUGUAUGAGAGAAUGGUCGUCUGAAAUGAUUUCUAAAAUUUAAACGAUGAUAAUUGUACUUCGUAGUGUCACUGUGAUCGAUAUUAAUAUUUUUUAAAAAUCAAAAACAAAAUUUAUAGAUAAAAGUCAUUAUGUUAGCUUCAUUUGUGGUUGAAAAUUAUUCGUCUUUGUUUAUUAAAAGAUAAGAAUUAUUAUUUAUUUCUGUUUGUUAUUUAUACUAUGAAUAUACACAUUCUACUUUAUUAUGUGACAUAUAAAUAGUAUAAAACGGAAGUUGAAGAACUCUGUCAAUUUUGCGUUGCCUCCUCGUUAUCUUGAUAUCAUCGCUCACUAUUUAAAAUAAUUUAAGGGGAAAAAGAGAAACAAAACCUAAAAAAAUGUAUAUUUAAGCACUCGAUACUGAAAGAGACCAGUUCUCGUAUUCGCAUUAGAAUCUCAUGCGAAUGUUGUGUGAAAGUUCUGGGUUAAAGUAAACGAAAGGAAAUUACAUGUUUAAUGGUUCAAUUUAAGUGGAACUCGCACUGCACUUGCGGAAGUAUCGAUGGUUCUCUAGUGACAACAUGUGCUCAAAACGUAAUCAUAAAGUGGAACACAAUUUCCUUUAAAUUAAAUAUUAUCUACACCUCUUCGACCAAGUAAUCUAAGGCGAGAUUACGCCCACGUUUAUGCAAAUAUCAUUCGUCUUUAUAGGAUUUUUUAAGCUGAAUCUGAUGUCUGUGUUAUACAUACAUUAAAAAUUAACGAAGAAAUUGGACUUAUAAUGUUAUAAAGGGAUUUAUCUCUUUUUCAGGUACUUUAAGUCUAUAACAUUUUCAUAAUUUUAAUUAUUCUACAUUAUAUUACGCAUGUUUUAACAUUAUUUCUUAACUAAAUUAAAAGCAAAGCUUAUUUAAUCAUAAUUUUCGUACAAAUAAAUUGGUAAUGGUUCUUCCAUUAGUUGAUAAAAUUAAAUGUUGCUGAUACUAUAUAUGUACAUACAUUUUAUUUUAAAGAUACUAUUAAUUUUUUAUAAAUUUGUUCUCUGACAUACUUCGUAAUCCAGACUGAUUAUCAAAAACAUAUUACAUAAUACAAUCAUUCUACUAAGAGACAAGUUUUUCUCCGGAAGAAGAAAAGCAUCACGAAUAACAGCAAAUGACAUUUCAAUCGUCGUGUAAAAAGAUAAAAACACCUGUUUAAAAUAUAGUCGAAUUUAUCUAAUCGAUUGUACGCAGUUUCUGAGGCACAUGAAGUAAUGAAAGCGUAUUGGUAUGAUUAAGGACAUAACGUUGUACUUUAGAUAGCAAUCAUACUAUGCACGGUGUCGCGUAAUUGUACUAUCGAUUUCGAUUAUUUUCAAUACACCGUUUCACAAAGAAAAGAUUAGAAAAGGAAUACUCAUCAAGUAUUGUUUGCGAAUGGUAUGAAUCAUCAGCACAUUGUGACUAUUCGUUAAAUUGUGUGAACGGGUUUAUUGAACACAUAACAGUGAAAUUUAAGUAGCAGAAUAGACGAAACAUCUUUGUAAAUUUCACUGUAAAACAAUAAAAUGCUGAUUUCUAAAUA